UAUUCAUAUGGAUGGCUGGUUUUUCUGUUAGCUCAUGUGGUACUCAGUAUAGCAUUGCAUACGAUUGGUUUGUAUUUGUCUGUUGUCAUGGCGUAUAUUCGAUGGAUAGCGCUGGACCGUCUUGAUUCAAAGUGGAUCAGGACGAGACCGGUCGGGUGA